AUGGGUCAAAGUCCUGGGUUCAAGGCGAGCUUCAAAGUCAUCGUCAUGGUUUUGGUUUGUCAUGUGUCGCUCCUGGCUUCGCAGAACUGCUUCGGAUACCAGGAGCCCACAGCCCAACUUGAUGCACGAUCUGAGAGGCGCGCCAGGAACCGCGAACCGGGAGAAAACCUCGAGAAGACGGGUUCAAACGACAGCCGCCCUGAGUUUGAUGUCCUCAAGGAGGGUAAGACUGGGGCUCCGAAUGAGCCUGGCGCACCUCAAACAUUGAACACCCCGCUUAUUGUCGAUGUUGGUCUCAAGAGAAGAGAAGACGACGACCUGUUUGAGGACUUGAUGAAAUAUCAGUCGAAGGAGGACAUCAUGCAAUGCUUCAGAGUAAUACCAACCAUCGAGGGAAUGCGCGAAAAAAGCCUGGGAAAGAUGGAGGUCUUUGCGCCGCGCGAGGGCCUCCUCUCCGUUGUCUUCCAAGGCGAGCUGGCCAACAGCCGUGGCCUCAACAUGCGGAACUGCGCAGAAUACAGUUGGGCGUGUGUCGAGGACGAAGACGUUGACCGGAAAACAACACCGUACCGGCCUGGAGAUCUGUUCAUGGACGAGGACCCUUUGAAGCUGAAGCAAGCGAUGGGGUCUCAAGCCGGAUGGCUUCCACUUUACGUUAACUAG